ACUCCCACCCUUAAUUCUCAUAUUAGUUCUCUGAUCACUACCAUGCGUACACAGCAACCAUCUAUUCCUCCUCCUCUUCCCAAAUACUUGAAAGAAGAUGAAGUGACCCAAGAAUGCAGAAACUUCAUAUCCUCCUUACCCAGAGAGAAAGGCUGGGUUGCAAAUGACCUCCAUCAGUACCAAGGUUGUUGGAUCAAUACUAGGUACAUGCAAGGUGUUCUAUCAUUCCAAAAACACUUCCAAGCUCAUGACACUGAUAUCAUCCUCGUUACCACUCCCAAAGCCGGCACCACUUGGUUGAAAGCUCUCUUGUUUUCCUUGGUGAACCGUGUGCACAAUCCCAACCCUCAAAAACACCACCCUCUCCUCACGAAUAAUCCUCAUGUUCUUGUACCCUUCUUGGAUAUCAAUCUCUACACUGAAAACCAAGUCCCAGACCUCACUUCCUUUGCCUCUCCAAGGCUCUUUUCAACUCAUUUACCUUAUGUGUCACUACCAAUGUCUACAAAGGACUCGGCUUGCAAGAUUGUGUAUUUGAGUAGGAACCCUAAGGACACUUUUGUGUCACUUUGGCACUUCACAAACAGCUUGAGAUCACCAGCAAGUAUAGGCCCCAAUUCACUUCAAGAGGCUUUUGAUAAGUUUUGUAGGGGAGUGAGUUUGUAUGGGCCUUAUUGGGACCAUGUUUUGGGCUAUUGGAAGGAAAGCUUAGAAAACCCUGAAAGGGUACUUUUUUUUAAGUUUGAAGAAAUGAAAGAGCAGCCCACUGCCCAUUUGAGGAAACUAGCUGAGUUCUUGGGCUGUCCUUUAUCCCCAGAAGAAGAGGCAAAAGGUGUAGGGGAUGAUAUCCUAAGGUUGUGUAGUUUUGACAAUUUGAGCAACUUGGAGGUGAAUAGAAGUGGAAAAUUGUCAUCUGGGGAGGAGAAUAGCAAAUUUUUUCGGCGAGGCGAGGUUGGAGACUGGGUGAACCAUUUGACAAAUGAGAUGAUUGAAAAAUUAGACCGUAUCACCCAAGAGAAGUUUCAUGGUACAGAAUUGAAAUUCUAGAUCUUCAAGUUUCGUAUCAUCAUUUAUUGUUUAUCAUCAACUUGUAUGUUUGACAGUUAGUUGCAUUUCUUUUUUCGCUAAGUAGCUGGUUGCACUUCGAUAUUUGUCAAUUUUUCAUUUGCUGAUAGUAAUAAAAUUGUGUU